CCUCUCUCUCUCUCUCUCUCGAUCGAGUUUAAUUAAUAGACAAAAUACAAAUCAAACAAAUCAGCGUAUCGAUUCGGCACGGAGAAACCGGCUCAAAAUCCCCUCUGAAGCGACGAGGUUCUGAGAUCUCGAUCUCGCUCUGCGCUUCGAUAGCUUCUGGAGGCGAGAUCUCAACCUUCUUCCGGCAAAUCCUCCCCUCCGAUCCGCGCGACUCGCCUUGAUCCGGCCGACGGAGAGAUGGCCCCGGUUUCGGCUCUCGCCAAGUACAAGCUCGUCUUCCUCGGAGACCAAUCCGUCGGCAAGACCAGCAUCAUCACUCGGUUUAUGUACGACAAGUUCGACAACACGUAUCAGGCCACUAUUGGUAUUGAUUUUUUAUCAAAGACAAUGUACUUGGAAGAUCGAACUGUACGAUUGCAGCUCUGGGAUACUGCUGGACAAGAAAGGUUCCGGAGUCUGAUACCAAGUUACAUAAGGGAUUCUUCCGUGGCAGUUAUUGUAUAUGAUGUCGCAAGCCGGCAAUCAUUCCUUAAUACUUCCAAAUGGAUUGAGGAGGUUCGCACUGAAAGGGGAAGUGAUGUUAUCAUUGUACUUGUUGGAAACAAAACUGAUCUAGUGGAUAAGAGGCAAGUAUCAAUAGAAGAGGGAGAAGCCAAAGCUCGCGAUUUGAAUGUUAUGUUCAUUGAAACUAGUGCAAAAGCUGGGUUCAACAUAAAGGCAUUGUUCCGUAAGAUUGCAGCCGCCUUGCCAGGAAUGGAGACACUUUCUUCAACAAAGCAAGAAGACAUGGUUGACGUCAAUCUUAAGUCUACCAACCCAAAUGCGUCCCAGUCACAACAGCAGUCUGGGGGAUGUGCGUGUUGAUAGAUUCGAGCUUGAAUCUUCGCUGAACAUUUUCUCGAUGUAUGCUUCCUUUGUCAUUUUGAAGUGUCUUGUAAGUUUAUAUUCCCAUUUCCUUUUCGUAGCAUGGAGAUUUUGGUCGGUUUGUUUUUGCUUAUCCUCAUACAUAGGAUUUGUCUGACUAGCCUUUUUAGGUACUGAUGUUGUGGACCUGAAAUGACUAAGACCAGUACUAGUAUUGUGAUGUAUUUGAAGUCUAUAUUGUUUCCAUCCUCCUAGUGGGAGAAAGAACCAUAACGAUAGAGUCAGGAUUACUUGGUCUCUU